AUGGCCCCGUUUCAAGAACCUCAUGAUGCUAUCCCCACGACCCUCUGUAGAGUUACUGCCCGAUCGGGCACUUCGUGGCCUCAGGCAUACAGUCCCGAACGGGACAAGCGACGCGCCAAAACGUUAGCGCCGCGGACUUGGACCGCGAGGAGGUCUACUCUCCUUCGCUCUCCUUCGCUCUCCUACCUAUCCGCGCCUGCGAUGAGUGGCCAGAGAGCAGUCCUACCGGCAGUCCAGCACUCUUGGCUGACCCACCGUCCCAGUCCAGCACGGUGGAUGGGUCCCGCCGAAUUCCCCAAAUCGGUCGCGAUGCAGCACUGCAAAGGAGUGGCUUGGACUCUAGAGGUCAGCACAGCCUAUAGUCAGACUGACGUGGGCCCCGUGCUGGAAUAUAACCCCGGUCUCCCCUGGUGCGAACUCAUCGCGCUGCUGCUCGUCCGACCCGACGCAAGCUGCACCCAUUUGGUUCUUACCAACGCUCAACGGCUACUCUCGGUGGAAGUUCACCUCCACCUUCCACCUGGGCCCCAGUGGCGACGACAAACGGUUCGCCAUCUCCACGCACACCACCUUUUGCGCAGCAAGCAGACCCUGAUCCUCCAUGCCGGCCCCUCGGAUAAGGCCCCGGCGCUAGCCUCCAUCGAGGGCGGCCAGGCCAUGCGCGACCGAGCAUCUCCGGUCACCAUCCCCCGCGACCAGCAGCCGCCGGUGGUGGAGGCUGCACCAUCCGACGCCGUACACGCGCGCGCCGCCCACCUUCGCCAUCGACGUUCCGGGCCCCGAGAAGCGCACACAGCGCGAGCAGUUCGAAUGGCGCACAGUCGCGGCAACGAGAUCUGGGAGUUGACGGGUCACUCGGUAUACGGAUGGAAGCUGGUGCGCCUGUCGCGAACCGUGGGUCCUGGUAGCGAUAACCGACGACAGCGCGCGCUCGGAUGCGCCAGCGACGGGCGGGGCGUGGUGGCGGUUUUGGCGCGCAACGUGUCGGCCAGUAUGACGAAAGCCUUGAAGUUUCAGUUUCUGGACAGCGGGCUGGACGGCAGCAUGGGAGAGACGUGGGAGAUUAUGGCGAUCAUGACAGGCUUGCAGCCUUGGUACUACGACAUGUUGAGCGCUUCGAUGGCCACGACGACCACCACGGCGGUGUUAACCUGA